AUGGAGGAGACGACAUGGGAACAGAGACUACAAGCCGUGACUCACAUCCUCACAAACCCAACAACAAAACCAUCUCUUUACUCUCAAUUCUUCAUCGGAGCCCUAGUCCCAUGUUACCUCUCGUGGGAUUACCCUCCGGUCUAUUCGCGGACGCAUCUCCGUCAAUGGUGGGUUUCUCAAUUCCUCAAAAGGGCAUCGAGAUUGGAGCUUCCUGAUACCUCGUGGAGGUCGAAUUGCCCCUAUUAUCAGCCGCCGCCGGCGGUUAUGGCGGCCGGAGUUGAGGAAGGAAAAUGGGGAAGAGAGGAGAGGAGAGAGUAUGCGAGGAAGAGGCUAAGGAGGAAGAAAUUGGUGAGCGAAGUGAAUCCUUUUAUUCCUCUUUUAGUUCCGAAUCUGCUUCUGUUUACUCUCUUGUUAUGGGAUCCUCUUCCCGAGUAA